AUGUCGUUAUCCACAUCCUCGCGACAAGGGCAGCAUGCUCUAGCAAAAACUGCUCUCUGGCUCCUUGGGGCAGCACUUUUCUCGCCCUCUCGUGCUCUUACGCUGAGACAGAGUGUCGAACCCCCUACGAAGCUUCCAGAAUGGGCUACGGAGAACGAUCUUCGCUAUCAACCAGCUCUUGACUUUGAUACUGAUGGCUGCUACAAUGUGCCUGCUAUUGGCUGCAACAAGCGUGUUUCUGAGGGUUUAUCUGAAGGUAGUGGCGAGUGGCAAGGCUGCCGUGACGAGGCUGAUCUUGACAACUCCAACGUUUACUCACGGCAGCGAUGUAAUAAUGGCUGGUGUGCUUACAUGUAUGACUAUUACUUUGAGAAGGACUACGCUAUCGGGCCCGGUACUGGACACCGCCACGACUGGGAGCAUAUCAUUGUCUUGGUUCCAGAUGACAGCACCGUACAAAAGAUAGUAUGUGCUUCGGCACAUGGCGGUUACGACUGCAAAAAUGCGGACGAGGUGCGAUGGCACAAUGAAGUCCAUCCCAAGAUUGUUUACCAUAAAGACGGGCCUUCAACGCAUGCCUUCCGAUUCGCAAAUGAAGCGAACGACCAGUUGGAGAAUCACAAAAAGGAGUGGCAGCUUGCUGAUUUGGUCAGUUGGAACGGGUUCCCUACGCCGGAUCAUCGCAACAUUCUGGAGAACCAUAAUUUCGGAAGUGCAAGUUUCGGGAUAGGUCAUCAGUUUGCGGACAAUUUGGGGAAACUCGUUGAUCGACAAUGUGACCAGCACCCUAGUGGUCAAGUCAUUUGUACCAAUCCUCUUCUACGGAUUGAGUUUGACAAAGACAUCGACGAGGGCUCGCCUGGCAACCUACCUCCUAACAACGGAUGCAAUCCUCCCUCUGACCCUGAGCCCGAGCCUGAACCUGAGCGACCAGACCUGCGUGUGCUACCUUUAGGAGACUCGAUUACCAACGGCUUCGGUAGCAGCAGCAACGCCGGGUACCGUGGCUACUUCUACAACCUCGCCACUGAGGUUCACAACGUUGUUGACAUGAUCGGUUCCGUUCGGUCAGGCGAUGCCGACGAUGCCGACCACGAGGGCCAUAACGGUGCCACAAUCGCCGAGAUUUCCGGGUACGCAGAGCGCGUUCUCUCACAGCGGCCCAAUGUUGUUCUGCUACAUGCGGGCACCAACGAUAUGGGCAGCGAUGCUGGUGCAGUUGGAGCUGUUAACCGCCUGAUGAACCUGGUGGACAUGAUCAUCGCCAAAUGUCCCGAUGCAACCGUGCUCGUGGCCCGCAUCAUACCAUCCACCUCCACAAGCAUGCAAGCUCGUAUCAACUCCUUUAAUGACGGCGUUGAGGAUGCUAUGAACGCCCGCGCGGACGACGGCAAGAAGGUGCUAGUCAUUCGCAUGGACGAAGCUGUCGGCACGGCGGAUCUGAUCGACGGGCUGCACCCUAACGAUCUAGGCUACAUUAUCAUGGCUACUAACUGGUGGAACGGCGUGCAGCAGGCAUUCGAGAAUCGCUGGAUCGACGAUCCUGUUGCGGGUCAGCCUCCGGACAACGGCGGUGGCGGUGUCGUGUGCGGGACGGUGCCCACCUGGAUCCCUCAGGGCACAACCGCGUCCGGCGGUGGGCUCGGAAGCGCGGCCCUCGAAAAUAACGCCACUGGUGUCUUCAUGGCGGAUAUUGACGGCGACGGGCGGGACGACUACCUUCACGUCAGUGAGAACGGCGAGGUUUACAUGUACUGGAAUAUUGGCAAAGCUCCCGACGAGGGUCCAAAUGCUGGUAAGGUUCAGUGGCAGCCUGUCGGUGUUAUUGCGAGUGGUGGCGGGGCACAGGGACACCAGGUUCGCUUUGCUGAUAUCGAUGGUGAUGGUCGUUCCGAGUUUAUCUGGGUCAAGGAUUCUGGAUCUGCGACGGUGUGGUGGAAUAGGGGCUUCGCCUCUGAUGGCCAAGUCAAAGUUAUCUGGGGUCCAGGCGCCGGCGAAGAGAUCGCCACGGGCAUUGGAGACGGCCAAGGUGUGCGCUUUGCUGAUAUGAAUGGCGAUGGCAAAGCGGACUUCAUCCACCUCGCAGAGAAUGGCGCGGCUACCCUAUACAUCAACCAAGGGCGUCGCGAAACAGGCGGCUGGGGAUGGUGGAACUGGGGCGUGAUCGCUAGUGGAGUCGGCACCAGCCGUGAGAAUAUUCGUUUUGCUGACUUGAACGGUGACGGUCGUGAUGACUACAUUGCCGUUGAGAGUGCCACAGGCGGGCUGAAUGCGUGGUAUAACCGCGGCCCACAGAGCCAGAACUGGGCUGCCGUCACUCCCUUGGUGUGGUGGAACCCGGGAUCAAUCGCUUCCGGAGUAAGCUAUUUACCAAAUUGGUCAACCUCGAAUAUGGUGACGUUUGGGGACUUGAAUGGAGACAGUAGGGACGAGUACUUAUACAUUGGAGUCGAAGAUUCGAGUGUUUAUGCAUUCCUCAAUGGAUGCUGA